GUGUGUGUGUGUGUGUGUGUGUGUGUGUGUGUGUGUGUGUGACUUCACUUGAUAUGCUUUGAAUGUUGAAGGGUUUGUUUUUGUUGCAUUGGGCAUGUGAUCGUGGUCACGUAGACAUUGUGCGUUUGCUUCUGGACUACAAGGCGAAUGUCAAUCAGACGGAUCUAGAUGGACAAACACCAUUACAUUAUGGUUGUUGCUGCGACUUCAAGGAAGUCACUCAACUUCUACUCUCAGCUGACGGCGACGUCAACCUUCGUGACUAUGAGGGAAACUUGCCGGUGGAUGUCGCCAGUAGCAACGCAGUGAAGCAGCUCGUGUCUCAACGACUGUCACUCUACUAAACAUACUUACACUGCCAACAUGGACCACAAGGCAUUUGUAUAGGAAAGAUGGAUUGAUGUCACUCAAGCAAGGUUUGUUUUUGUUGCAUUGGGCAUGUGAUCGUGGUCACGUAGACAUUGUGCGUUUGCUUCUGGACUACAAGGCGAAUGUCAAUCAGACGGAUCUAGAUGGACAAACACCAUUACAUUAUGGUUGUUGCUGCGACUUCAAGGAAGUCACUCAACUUCUACUCUCAGCUGACGGCGACGUCAACCUUCGUGACUAUGAGGGAAACUUGCCGGUGGAUGUCGCCAGUAGCAACGCAGUGAAGCAGCUCGUGUCUCAACGACUGUCACUCUACUAAACAUACUUACACUGCCAACAUGGACCACAAGGCAUUUGUAUAGGAAAGAUGGAUUGAUGUCACUCAAGCAAGUAUCACUACACGUACCAUCAUCGUUUAUGCCAUCACUUUAGUGUAGAUAUUUGAUUGAAGUCUUGAGUGUGGCGACAUAGGAAUGCACUGUACAGUAUGUAGGUCUUUUACUGUCUAGCUGUAAUAGACUGUAUGUGCAUACUUGUCAUCUUGUAUUAGAGCGCAGGCUUCACUAAAGAUUAAAAUUCAAUUUUAGUAAAUAAAGAUUUAAGUGUAGUGUGUGUGUG